UGUAAAACAAUACUAUAGUGCUACACUAGAUUGUACUGUAGCCUAUUGGAAGCAGGUGACACCCUAAUCUAUAGUAGUUGCGUACAAUCGGAGUUCAUAAAUUGUAAUAAUUUAUUCGUAUGGUACGAGAGGCAAAUUUUGGGGAUCUGCAUGCAGCCUGUUAAUUGUGUGAAAAUCCACUGAGGUCACGAUGUUGGCAGGCGUGGCGAUGGGCUGGUUCAGACUGCGAUGAAAAAUAGCGGGUAGAGAGACUGCGGGCGGUCACUAGACAUUUAGAAGGCGAAAGGGAAAUAUACAUUUCAAAAAAGAGGAGGUAAUUCACGAGAAAUACAAUAUCUACGCAAGCUUAGUGUCACUGUUUAUUUUUCGGCUAAGCGUUAGCCGCCACUAAGGACGAAGCGCGGAGAAUGCUGUAAGUUCCUCCUUCUCCUCUUCCUCAGUGUAAAUAAAGAAGAUGAGCACUUCUCCCACCCCUAAGGGGACCCCCAUGCAGCGAAGCCCCAGCGACGGAAGCAGUGGGGCUCCCCAAAGCCUGCAGUCCCCCCAGCACCCCGACGACCAGUCCACGCCCAUCACCAUGGCAGCGCACAAAAAGCGUGUCUCCAGCAUCCUGCAGAGCCCGUCCUUUCGGGAGGAGCUGGACGUGCUGAUCCAGGACCAGAUGAAGAAGGGCAGCAGCUCGUCCAGCCUGUGGGCCCUGCGGCAGAUCGCCGACUUCAUGGCCUCUCACGGCUCUCCUGCAGCGCUGCCCGUCUCCCCCUCCACCGUCACCAUGGUGACCCCCAUAAACGACCUGCACGGCUGGGAGCCGGGCUCCAUGGUGAAGGGGGAGAGGCUGAUGCGCUGCAAGCUGGCUAGCGCCUACCGGCUGCUGGACCUGUACGGCUGGGCUCAGAUCAACCGCACCCUGCUCACCUUGCGUGUGAGUAAGGAGCAGGAGCACUUCCUGGUUCUGCCGGACGGACUGGCCUACAGCGAGGCCACAGCCUCCAGUCUGGUGAAGGUGAAUGUGCUGGGGGAGGUGGUGGAGAGGGGCAGCACCACCCUGGGCGUGGACGUGGCCUCCUUCAGUCUGCACUCCGCCAUCUACUCCGCCCGGCCGGACGUCCGCUGCCUGCUGCACAUGCACACGCCGGCCACCGCCGCGGUGUCUGCCAUGAAGUGUGGCAUACUGCCGCUAUCCCACGAGGCCCUGCUGGUGGGCGACGUGGCCUACUACGACUACAACGGGCUGAUGGAGGAGGAGGAAGACCGGGUGGAGCUUCAGAAGAGUCUAGGGCCCACCUGCAAGGUGCUGGUGCUGAGGAAUCAUGGGAUUGUGGCUCUGGGGGAGUCUGUGGAAGAGGCCUUCUACACUGUCUAUCACAUCCAGGCUGCCUGUCAGAUACAGGUGUCAGCGCUGUGCUGUGCCGGUGGGGAGCAGAACCUGAUCAUGCUGGAUCGCAGCACUCAGAGACCCAACCCGACCGGAACCGUAGGCUGGGCCGGGUCCACCUUCGGCCCGCUGCACAAGAGCCGUCUCGGGGAGCACGAGUUCGAGGCGCUCAUGAGGACCAUGGACAACCUGGGGUACCGCACGGGCUACGCCUACCGCUUCCCGGUGCUGCUGGAACGAGCGCGGACCCGGAGGGAGGUGGAGGUCCCCGCCACCGUCACCGCCUUCAACUUCAACGAGGAAGGGGGCGGGGUCAGGCCCCUCCCGCGGAACCCCCCGCACGCCCAGAAGCAGCAGCAGGAGAAGACGCGCUGGCUCAACACCCCCAACACCUACCUGAGAGUCAGCCAGGACCAGGCCAGCCCCGGACACCAGCGCACCACGUGGCUGAAGACUGAGGAGGUCACACAGGGGAGUGGCACGGCCAUUAAGAUCGAGAACUCCAACCAGUUCGUCCCACUCUUUACCAACCCCCAAGAGGUGCUGGAGACACGAAAUAAGAUCCGUGAACAGAACCGUCAGGACAUGAAGACCGCAGGGCCCCAGUCUCAGCUGCUGGCCAGUGUGAUCUCUGAUAAGACUCCACCGUCGCCUGAGAAUGAACUGGCACCUGGACAAAAUGGCCCGGAGGGUGGCCCCCAAAAAAUUCCUCCCUCUCCAGAGCCCCCCAACCCCUUCAACCAGCUGACAGACAAGGAGCUGGAGGAGUACCGGCAGGAGGUGCAGAGGAAACAGAAACUGGGCCUGGAUGAUGGUGGGGAGGAGCUGGUCAAUGAGAAGGGGACUCCCCCUGCCACCUCCCCCACUAAGAGCCCCUCCCCCACUAACCCCCCUCCCACAGAUGAGACCAACGCCACCGAGACCACGGAUAUCACCAAGACCGUGGUGCAAAAUGGGAAGGAGGAGGACCUGAAGCAGCAGGAGGAGGAGCUAGAGAAAGGGAUGAAGGCUCUCUCCACUGCUGACACGACGCCUGCCCCGCCCACCGCCCCGCCCCCAGACGCCCCGCCCGCCAAGCCCGGCCUCACACCCGAAGGCUCUCCCGCCAAGUCCCCCUCCAAAAAGAAGAAGAAGUUCAAGGCCCCCUCUUUCCUGAAGAAGAGCAAGAAGCAAAAGGAGAAAGUGGAGAAAGUGGAGGCCUAACGGAGAUGCACGGUCACAGCAACGUAUUUACCCAGUCACACACACGCACACACACGCACACACACACGCACACACGCACACACACACACGCACACGCACACACACACACACACGCACACACACACAGCAUAUUUACCCCCCUACACAGCCAGAACACUGACCGUUAUCUUAACCUCACCUCUGUAUCGCUACAUAUAUAAACACACCUCAUGCUCCGAACUCUCCACUUACCAAUUUUUUUAAUUUGUUCAAUUAUUAACUGGUACUUGUUUUUGUGACAAAAAGAUUCAAACGCUGUUUCGAUACACACCUGUAUGUUUUUCUGGUGACAGUGGUCCACGGCCAAACAUCAUCAUGCGCAUAUUCAUUAAGCAAAUUCCCACGUAUGUGUAUAGUAACCACAUAAUUAUCGCAAACUGUCAUGAUAAGAAAGCCUCGUCGUGCGAGCUUCAUCUUUUCCACCGAUAUUAUUUUUGAUUGUCACCGUGUGAAGUGUGCACAGAUGUAAAUAGCACACUUUGUUAAGUGCUUUCUCUGUUGAUGCAGAUCAACAUGUCUUAUUUUUCACUUCUGUUCUUCUACAUCGAAUCAUUUGAUGCUGAACAUCAGGGAAUAUUUGAUUUCAUUAAACAAUAAGGAAAAAGUCUAUUUAAAAAAAGCGAUGGUGAAGGAAGCCCAAACUAACAGCUAGCAAUGCCACUUAUGUCUAUUAUGUGAUUAAGAAAAACAGAAUGAAAAAUGAAAAACGUCUUUGUAGCUUGUGGAUGCAGAUGAACCCAACAAUGAAAGGCACUAUACAUUCCUGUCAUGUCUUCUUUCAAAAUGAGAUCUGUGUGUACACAACAAGACCUCCUUACUGUUGUAAUUAUUAUUAUUAUUAUUAUUAUUAUUAUAGAUUCCAUUAUUUAAAUGUUACUCUGUGUGUAUAUUUGCUGGUUUUUAUUUGAAUGUAAUUUCAUAUUAGAAUGCAAAGGUGAAAAAGGUGAUGUUAGGUUAGCAGUGCACCAGUCAUUAAAGAGCAAUUCAAUAUGAA